CCCUACCUAAAUGGCUUACGCUUUGUUUUGACCAUCUUGGGCGGUACUGUAUCGGUGAUGGGCAGUCGUGCCAUUGGUUAUCCCUCAGCUGGUGCACUCGGCUGCAUGACAAUCGCAUUUUUUGCCGGCAUCGGUUGGAAGAGCCAGCAACAACGACUCACUGCACAGCAACGUCAACGUCAGUUGGAAAAUGAAAAUUCGUCGGUGGCCGCGCGUCUUGACCUCUUGUGGAAAUUCUUGAAACCUGUCUCAUUCUCGCUCAUCGGCAAAGAAAUUAAUUUCGCUGUGUUGGAUGGCCGAGUCGUCGGCUAUGGUGCACUGCUGGUGCUGCUCGGAAGUUUGUUCCGCUUGGCGUUCGCGUACUUGUCCACCUAUGGCGGCAAUCUGACGCAGAAAGAGCGUCUCUACAUUACAAUUUCCGGUUUUCCCAAAGCAACUGUCCAAGCCGCCCUAGGUCCGCUUGCUUUGGACAUGGCCAGAUCAUUAAGCGUAGUCGAUGAGCAAAGCAUCGCCUUGGCCAACAAUGUGCUUAUCAUUUCGGUGUUGGCCAUCAUUUUCACCGCACCACUGGGUGCUGUACUCAUGUUGAGAUUAGCGCCACUGUGGCUACAACGCGAGCGACGCGAAUGCAGAUAGCAAGUGCAAUG